CCGCUGCGCAGGCGCAGGCGAGAGGUGGCCCUUGGCGGUCGAAAGGGGAAUUCAAGGAGACGGGGGCGACGCGUUUGCGGGAGCCUCCUCGGGUUUGGGGCUACCGCCAUCAUGCCGGGGAUAGUGGAGCUGCCUACUCUGGAGGAUCUGAAAGUGCAGGAGAUUGUAUAGACCGGCUGUGCGGGGAGGCUGUCAUGAGGGUAAAUGAGGAAGAUGCUGGAACUUUGUGUUCUUUGAGGCAAAGGGAGGUGAAUGAAUUUGAGAGGAUAUUCACAGUAAGCAGCUAUGAAAGGAUGUUGUUUCUGUUGGAACUCAUCAGUCUUCGUGAAGAAGCAGGUGAAAGUCAGUUCUUCGGUGCUCAAAGCUGCCGCCCAUCACUAUGGAGUUCAGUGUGAUAAGCCCAACAAAGAGUUCAUGCUCUGCCGCUGGGAAGAGAAAGACCCCAGGCGGUGUUUAGAGGAAGGCAAGCUCGUCAACAAGUGUGCUCUGGACUUCUUCAGGCAGAUAAAGCUUCACUGUGCGGAGCCUUUUACAGACUAUUGGACCUGCAUUGAUUAUUCCAGCCUGCAGCUGUUUCGUCGCUGUCGCAAACAGCAGGCUAAGUUUGACGAGUGUGUGCUGGACAAACUGGGCUGGGUGCGACCUGACCUGGGGGAGCUGUCCAAGGUCACCAAAGUGAAAACAGAUCGACCUUUACCGGAGAAUCCCUAUCACUCACGAGCAAGACCAGAGCCCAACCCUGAGAUAGAAGGAGAGCUGAAGCCUGCCAAACAUGGCAGUCGCCUUUUUUUCUGGACCAUGUAAAGAUGGGUCCAUGGCCCACACUCAGUCACACGCCCAGACAACCACUGAUGAAAUUCCCAUGCAGUUUGCAUCGACUGAUAGAGUGUUCUUUCCGGGAUCACAAACCUAACAAAAAAGUUAAUUUAUGUGACUUGGCAGUUAUUCUAUACCAUUUCCUGGCCAUUAAAAAUUUUAAAGGAAA